UCUGCAGCGCGAGCGCGCGCGUGUGUCUGUGUGUGUGUGUCUGAGAGAGUGUGUGUUCGGUGUGUGAGGACAGAAAUGGGACGCGGCUCCUGGUAGCAGCAGCGGACUGACGGAGGACGGUCCCCGGAGCAGACAUGGCCCACGUAGGCAACGGAGCCACCGCAGAGGAGGAGGAAUGCUUUGAAGAUGCCUACGACAGGAUACCUGCGGCCUGUCAGAUGGACCUGCAGACAGCCAUCCAGGAGACUCAGUGUGCUCUGAAUCUGGUCCUCAACAACAAGUUCUCUGAAGCCCUGGACCUCCUCAAACCAUGGUGGAGGGACAGUAUGUACCAUGCGCUGGGGUACAGCAGCAUCCUGGUGAUGCAGGCCACCAUGACCUUCGAGCACCGAGACAUCCAGACGGCCAUGGCCACCAUCAAGGAGGCUCUGCAGACCUGCCAGAGGUUCAGGAAGAAGAACUCUGUGGUGGGAUCUCUGUCUAGUCUCAUCAGCAAACAGUCCAACCUGCAGGAAGAGGAGAUGCAUGCAGAGAUCUGCUACGCUGAGUGUCUGCUGCAGAAAGCCACGCUGACCUUCGUGCAGGAUGAGAACAUGAUCAGUUUCAUCAAAGGAGGCAUCAAGAUCCGAACAAGCUACCAAAUCUAUAAGGAUUGUCAGAACGUGCUGAAUGUCACUCAGGACCUGGCGGGCCAGUCCGAUCCGUUCAGACAGUUUGAGGGCGGAGUCAAGCUGGGCAUCGGCUCCUUCAACCUGAUGCUGUCUCUCCUCCCUCAGAGGAUUUUGAGGUUGUUGGAGUUCAUCGGAUUCUCAGGAAACAGGGGGUUUGGUCUGUCUCAGCUGAGAGAAGGAGCCUCCAGUCAGAGUUUGCGGUCGAUCCUCUGUGCUCUGACACUGCUCUUCUACAACACAUACGUGUCACUUAUCCUGGGAACUGGAGAGGGGAACCUGGUGGAGGCUGAAGCUCUGCUGGAACCAUACAAACAGAAAUACCCCAAAGGAUCCAUCAUCCUCUUUUACUCUGCUCGCAUCUCAGCACUGCGAGGAAACUUUGAGAAGGCCCGGGCGAGGUACGAGGAGUGCAUCAGCAGCCAGCAGGAGUGGAAGCAGAUCCACCACCUGUGUUACUGGGAGCUGAUGUGGACUCACUCCUACCAGCAGGAGUGGCAGCAGGCGUACCACUACGCUGACCUGCUGUGCAAGGAGAGCCGCUGGUCCAAGGCUAUCUACGUGUACCAGAAGGCAGCUAUCCUGAGCAUGAUGUCGGAGGAGGAGGUGAAGAAGACGGGGGAGGACAUCAUGGGGCUUUUUAGGCAGGUGGAGGGGCUGAAACAGCGUCUGGCUGGGAAAUCGAUCCCGACCGAGAAAUUCGCAGUAAGGAAGUCGAGACGCUACAAAGCUGCUAACCCCAUCCUCCUGGUCAUCCCUGCUUUGGAGAUGAUGUACGUCUGGAACGGUUUCACCAUCGUCGGGAAGAGAGCCGACAGCACUGAGGCCCUGUUGGUUACCAUAGAGACGGCUGAGGAGCAGCUUCGCAACGAUCCCAGCCCGUCAGAGUAUCACCCAGACGACAGCUGCCUGGUCCAGAUGUUGAAGGGACUCUGUUUGAAACAUCUGGGCAGGUUACUGCAGGCCGAGCUCUGCUUCACACAGGUCCUGUCCAGUGAAAGUCGUAUCAGGUAUGAUCACUAUCUGAUCCCCUUCACUCUGUAUGAGUUGGGUCUGCUGUACAAACAACAGGGAGACUUCACCAAGGCCACCACGUACAUCGAAAAUGCCAAGACGAACUACAAAGACUACUCCAUGGAGUCCAGGCUGCACUUCAGGAUCCACGCGGCCCUCAACAGCCUCAAAGGUUCUCCUGUCGGAACGCCGUGAAACUCGGAAAACCACCGAGUCGGCAGCUGUGUUUGAAUCAAACCUCCAGGGAUUCAUCCUGACGCUCAGCUGGCGUGAAUGAACCCCCCCGACAUGAAGAGGUGUCUCAGGGGGUCAAAGUCCACCAGGACUCUCUUAUUCCCCAUUGCUAGCAACCUUAUAGCAACCUUAUAUUAUAUUUCAUGUUUUUUUCUUAUUUAUUUUUUGAAUUGUGUGGACAGAUUGGAUUAAUUAAGGCUUGGGCUUCCCAUCAACGUCUGCCUGCUAAUACUGAGAUUUUAUUGGUUGAUUUAAUGCCAAAUGUCUCAAACAACUCAAACUCAAACAAACUAACAGUUAAUGAAGGCUCCUUUAUUGUCAGUAUGAAGACAACAACACAGUUUCUCUCCAAUGAUGUGUUCAAACGAAACGCUAAUCAAAUUUUUGCCUCGUGAGAAACUGACCGUGGGACAUGCUGGUGUAGACAAUGCCAACAUUUCUCUCCGGAACUUAAAUCAGCACUUUUAUUACUUUUUUCAAAGAUAAGUCAUGAAAACCAGGCACCGUCAUGCAAGCUUGGUUAAUAGUGUCAGGAUGACUGCCUUUACUACAGUGGUAUGAACCCAAAAUAUGCUGAUUUAGCUUUGAUUUAAUUGCAAUAAACAAUCAAAAGUAUGCCGAAACAACAACAUCCUGAUGCAGAAGUGUGAAAUGUUUAAAUUUACGCUUUGUCAGGUCCGUCUGCAGGAUGACAAGUAAACAACCAAACAACCUUUAACCCAUUGAAGCCUGGAAAGCGGAAAUGUCGUUUUGUAGUAUUUGUAUAAGCUCUCAAAUACUUUUUGAAUUUCAUUUCUAUCUGCUACAGAGGCUGAAAAAUCUAUUAUUUAGUAGAAGCGUUGACACUUCUGUUGAAUUUCCAGAAAAACUUCAGGUUUUAGGGGCUUAUUUCAAAAUCGCCCAGAGGUUUUACAGGCAUUUUAGGCCUCAAUGGGUUAAAAUGCUUGUUUUCUGAAUGGAGUUUGGUUCCAUCAGGGCUGUGAUAUGCAGGAGAAUCUUAACGUUAGUAAGUUUUCCUGAAACAACAUCAAAAAUUUCUCCAUGAAAUUAAAAAAUUCCAACUUGCAGAAUUCUGCGUCUACUCGCAUCUUUGACGUGAUUCUGCACUCGGUUAAUUUCACCGUUUUCUUUGGGAGCUUCAGUGUCUGAAUGACUGCCUUUACUUCAGUGGUAUGAACCUAAAAUAAACAGAUUUCACUGUUAUUUAAUUGCGAUAAAUGGUUCAAAAGUAUGACGAUGCAACAGCAUCAUGAUGCUGAUGUGUUACACUUUGAUGACAAGCAAACAACCUUUAAAAUGCUUGUUUUCUGAAUGGAGUUUGGUUCGUAUGCUAUGCAGUAGAAGUUGCGCUGAAAUUUAAAAAUUCCAACUUGCAGAAUUCAGCGUCCAGUCGUAUCUUUGACUCAACUCACUUUGCGUUUGGUUUGAACACAUCAUCAAGCCCCCGACUCUGAAUAAAGUGCUGCAACACAGCUGCUCUUUUCCAUAUAAAAGCACAAGGUGAGAAACUUAAGAAAGGAUCAGCCGCGGGGGAAACCAAUUAGGGACGAGAGAUCUGGGAAAAACAACCAGUAUUCCCAACAGAUAAACUGCUUAAUCACUUUGAUUCACCUCUUGCAGUUUGCUUCUGUCGCCUCACAGCCAAACUGACAUCUACUACCUAACAAGUCAUCAAGGCCUUAAACUGCUUAUCAUGUUGUAUCAGAGUCACUCCUUUGCUCACAAUAACUGUAUAUUUUUAGGAUAGAAUCAAAAAUACUGACAGGUUGAAAGAUCUGAUGAGUGAACAGCAAGGAGAGGUGUGUGUGUUGGAACACAUAGUAUAUAUAUAUAUAUA